AUGCUUUUCUAUGCAAAAAUGUUUCGUGACUUUUCUAACAACCCAGUAAUUGUAUUACAAAUGCAUAAUAUGAUCACACUGAAAAAUGAGGCUCACACUCCUUAUCAUGGCACAUCCAUCAUUUGGCUCCUGCUUCCAUUCUCAGCAGCAUUUUCUACUACUCUGUCUUCCCCAUUCUGCAUUCCAGCAACACUUAAGUUAGUUGUUUACGCUUCUCAGAAUCAAGAACGACUAUGUGCAUUUAAAGAUCCAUAUCAACAAGACCUAGGGAUAGGUGAAAGUCGAAUCUCUCAUGAAAAUGGAACAAUAUUGUGUUCAAAAGGUAGUACCUGCUAUGGCCUUUGGGAGAAAUCUAAAGGGGACAUAAAUCUUGUAAAACAAGGAUGUUGGUCUCACAUUGGAGAUCCCCAGGAGUGUCACUAUGAAGAAUGUGUAGUAACUACCACCCCUCCCUCAAUUCAGAAUGGAACAUACCGUUUCUGUUGUUGUAGUACAGACUUGUGUAAUGUCAACUUCACAGAGAACUUUCCACCUCCAGACACAACACCACUCAGUCCACCUCAUUCAUUUAGCAGAGAUGAGACAAUAAUCAUUGCUUUGGCAUCAGUCUCUGUAUUAGCUGUUUUGAUAGUUGCCUUAUGCUUUGGAUACAGGAUGUUGACAGGAGACCGUAAACAAGGUCUUCACAGUAUGAACAUGAUGGAAGCGGCAGCAUCAGAGCCUUCUCUUGACUUAGAUAAUCUGAAACUCUUAGAGCUGAUUGGCCGGGGGAGAUAUGGAGCAGUAUAUAAAGGUUCCUUGGAUGAACGUCCAGUUGCUGUAAAAGUGUUUUCCUUUGCAAACCGUCAGAAUUUUAUCAAUGAGAAAAAUAUUUACAGAGUGCCUUUAAUGGAACAUGACAACAUUGCCCAUUUUAUCGUUGGAGAUGAGAGAGUCACUGCAGAUGGACGCAUGGAGUAUUUGCUUGUGAUGGAGUAUUAUCCCAAUGGGUCUCUAUGCAAAUAUUUGAGUCUCCACACAAGUGACUGGGUAAGCUCUUGCCGUCUGGCUCAUUCUGUGACUAGAGGACUGGCAUAUCUUCAUACAGAACUACCACGAGGAGAUCAUUAUAAACCUGCAAUUUCCCACCGAGAUCUAAACAGCAGAAAUGUCCUGGUGAAAAAUGAUGGAACUUGUGUUAUUAGUGACUUUGGGUUGUCCAUGAGACUGACUGGAAAUAGGCUGGUCCGCCCAGGGGAAGAAGAUAAUGCCGCCAUAAGUGAGGUUGGCACAAUCAGAUACAUGGCACCAGAAGUUCUCGAAGGAGCUGUGAACCUAAGGGACUGUGAAUCAGCUUUGAAACAAGUCGACAUGUAUGCACUUGGGCUGAUCUACUGGGAGAUAUUUAUGAGGUGUACCGACCUCUUCCCAGGUGAAUCUGUACCAGAAUAUCAAAUGGCUUUUCAGACAGAAGUUGGAAACCAUCCCACUUUUGAAGACAUGCAGGUUCUGGUGUCUAGGGAAAAACAGAGACCUAAGUUCCCAGAAGCUUGGAAAGAAAAUAGCCUGGCAGUAAGGUCACUCAAGGAGACAAUUGAAGACUGUUGGGACCAGGAUGCAGAGGCUCGGCUCACUGCACAGUGUGCUGAGGAGAGGAUGGCUGAACUUAUGAUGAUAUGGGAAAGAAACAAGUCUGUGAGCCCAACAGUUAACCCAAUGUCUACUGCUAUGCAGAACGAGCGCAACCUAUCACAUAAUAGACGUGUGCCAAAGAUUGGUCCAUAUCCAGAUUAUUCCUCCUCCUCAUAUAUUGAAGAUUCUAUCCAUCAUACUGACAGCAUUGUGAAGAAUAUUUCCUCUGAGCAUUCAGUGUCCAGCACACCUUUGACUCUAGGGGAAAAGAACCGAAACUCAAUUAACUAUGAACGGCAGCAAGCACAAGCUCGAAUCCCCAGCCCUGAAACAAGUGUCACUAGCUUGUCCACCAACACAACCACCACAAACACCACUGGCCUCACUCCAAGCACUGGCAUGACCACUAUAUCCGAGAUGCCAUAUCCAGAUGAGACAAAUCUGCAUGCCGCAAAUAUUUCACAGCCAAUGGGGCCGACCCCUGUCUGCUUACAACUGACAGAAGAAGACUUAGAAACCAAUAAGUUGGACCCAAAAGAAGUUGAUAAGAACCUCAAAGAAAGUUCUGAUGAGAAUCUCAUGGAACAUUCUCUCAAACAGUUUAGUGGGCCAGACCCACUGAGCAGCACCAGUUCCAGCUUGCUUUACCCACUCAUAAAGCUUGCUGUUGAAGUGACUGGACAGCAGGACUUCACACAUGCUGCGAAUGGCCAAGCAUGUUUAAUUCCUGAUGUCCCACCUGCUCAAAUUUAUCCUCUCCCUAAGCAACAGAACCUUCCUAAGAGACCUACUAGUUUGCCUUUAAACACCAAAAAUUCAACAAAAGAGCCCAGGCUGAAAUUUGGCAGCAAGCACAAAUCAAACUUGAAACAAGUAGAAACUGGAGUUGCCAAGAUGAAUACAAUCAAUGCUGCAGAGCCUCAUGUGGUGACAGUCACCAUGAAUGGUGUGGCAGGUAGAAACCACAAUGUUAACUCCCUUGCUGCCACUACCCAGUAUGCCAACGGGACAGUGCCAUCUGGCCAGACAACAAACACAGUGGCACAUAGGGCCCAAGAAAUGCUGCAAAACCAGUUCAUUGGUGAGGACACCCGGCUGAAUAUUAAUUCCAGCCCUGAUGAACAUGAACCUUUACUGAGACGUGAACAACAAGCUGGCCACGAUGAAGGUGUUUUGGAUCGUCUUGUGGACAGGAGAGAAAGGCCACUAGAAGGGGGCCGAACUAAUUCUAAUAACAACAAUAGUAAUCCAUGUUCAGAUCAAGAUGCUCUUACACAGAGUGUUCCAAGCACAGUAGCAGAUCCUCGCCCAUCAAAGCCCAGAAGAGCACAGAGGCCUAAUUCACUGGAUCUUUCAGCCACAAAUGUGCUAGAUGGCAGCGGUCUACAGUUAGGUGAGUCAACACAAGAUGGCAAAUCAGGAUCUGGUGAAAAGAUCAAGAAACGAGUGAAAACUCCCUAUUCUCUUAAGCGGUGGCGUCCCUCCACGUGGGUCAUCUCCACUGAACCACUGGACUGUGAGGUCAACAACAAUGGCAGUGAGAGGGCAGUUCAUUCCAAAUCCAGCACUGCGGUUUACCUCGCAGAGGGCGGCACUGCCACAACCAUGGUGUCUAAAGAUAAAGGGAUGAACUGUCUGUGAACUGUUUUCAAGCCUAUGGAGUAAAGUUAUUUUUUGCAUCAUUUAAAUGUGCAGAAGACAAUUUUAAAAAAACUGCUUUAUCCUCCUGUCAGUACCCCCUUUCCACCCCUGCAACAUGGACUUGCUUUAAAUAGAUUUCAGCUAUGCAGAAAAAUUUAGCUUAUGCUUCCAUAUUUUUUAAUUUUUUUAAGUUUUGCACUUUUGUUUAGUCUUGCUAAAGUUAUAUUUGUCUGUUAUGACCACAGAAUUAUGUGUGUGUGUGUGUGUGUGUGUGUGUUUGUGUGUGUGCGUGCGUGUAUCAAAAGUGGUCUCAAAAUAUUUUUUUAAGAAAAAAAGCAAAAACAUUGUAUUGCUGAUAAUUAGUUUGGACCAGUUUCUUAAGGUCAUUAAAACAAACAUAGUAAGACAGGUUUGACUGCAGUGGUGUCUGGUAUCCAUAUUUUUUUUUUGGGGGGGGCACAAGCUAGUUUAUAUGUUGAUACAUUUCUGAACAUAUUAUCUGUUGGACAUUCUUUUUUCUUGUGUUUUGUUUGAAUGUGCAAUAGUCUAUAAGCCACAAAUAAGCCUUCUUUUAAGUUCUCUUCCUAACAGAAUACACAUUCUUCCAUAAUUUGAACAUUUUUCUCACUCCCUAUACUAUUUUGGCAGGUAAAUUCCCUGACAGUGAAUUUUGCACAGGAGAAAGCAACUACCUGAUUUCUUGCUUUCUAUCUCUUUAAGGAGAAUGCAGAAACAUUGUCUCAAAGGGCUCUAAAGGAAGAACUACCAAAACCUAAUUUGAAAUGCCACUGCUUGUAACCUUCCAAAUUUUAAACCUUUACUUCCAGGCAUUUUACUACUUUGUUUCUGGUUUUGGAAGUUCAUAAAAGAGCAUAGAACAAAGUAGAAGAAAUUAAAUAGUCUUUUUUCAUUUCAUUUUAUUUUUAUAUGUAUGUUCAUGUUCCAUAUCCAUUUAUUUAAGAAAUACAGGUUUUGUCAGAAAACUUAUAGGGCUGUACUUAUGGAAUUUUUAAGUAGGUAGAUAGUUAAGACAAUAUAGUAUUACAGCCUUCAGUCUCUGAAUAAGCCAUCUUUGAUGCAAAUACAGUUGCAUUUUCUGUUUAAAAUAACUUCAAAAAUAAUUUAUAGUUUCAAACCUAUGAUUUUCUUCCUAAGCAAAGCCUGGUGAUUCUUCUUCUCAUGACAUAAAACACUGUGGGGAAAACCAUGCAGCUGGCAUGCCAGAUCCAUUACUGAAGUGAUUGCUGCCAAACCUAGCCCUUUGGAGCAGACUUGAGACUUAACCUCUUUUUUUUUUUCUCCCCUUCCUCCCCACCCAGAGCACUGCUCAGCUCUGGCUUAUGGUGGUUGGGAGACUGAACCUGGGACUUUGAAGCCUCAGGUGUGAGAGUCUCUUUGCAUAACCAUUAUGCUAUCUACCCCUGCCCAAGACUUACCUCUUCAAAACUAUGUUUCUUCAUUAAUCCAGUUUUCAUAAUUUCUCCUCUUACCCGUUAAUUGCAUAAUCUUUGAUAUGUGAGCCGCACUCAUUUACAUUAGAAUUUUCCUUUUAGUGAAAACAUAUUACAGAUCCUUAAAUUCAUCUUUAAAGCUUCCUUUGCUUCAUUCGUUACUGAUAAUUGUCUCUAAAAGAAUAACCUCUGAAUGCUUUUUUUUUUUUUAAGAUUAAUGAACUUUCUGUCAAAUUAACUUUUUUAUAAGCACAAAUUAUUUUCUACCAAUUUGCAAACAAUGAUGAUCUUAACACCCCCCCCAUUUUUAGUGUACUUACUAGAUAGGACAUAGUUAAGUUCUAAGAUUUCUCCUGGAGAUUAAAAAAUAAUAAUAAGAGAAAAACAAAAACUCCCAAAUUACUGGUUUAAGUUUUUAUCUUCUAAAUAUUUUGUCACUCAUACUCCUGUCUAUAAAUAUAGCUAAUGACGGUCUGUACUUUCCAAUUUGCUGUCUAAAAUGCUUGUGACUGAUUUACAUAUAAGCUUUCUAUUGUUUAACAUCUGCAUUGAAUGCUACAGUAUUUAUCAUUUAUUCAGCUAGAUGACUGAAACACAAUUUUGAAUGCAUAGAAUUUAGACUAUAAUACUGGUACUCAGGAUUUCUACCUUUUCUGUUUUAUUGAUCCUCCUUUUAAUUGAGACCCUUAACACAGAGUUCAGUCUUCUGACAUAAAGUUUUCAUUUUGUUUUUCUUUUUAACUUUGUAGAAGUUAUUAGUAAAAUUUCACUUCAUUCUUUUAAUACUGUCUUUCAACUAAAUUUCUGGAUACCAUUUUGAAACACUUGUAGGAUAUAUCUCUCAGUCAAAUAAAUCAUAAUCUUUCUCCAAUUUGAAGUAUCAAGGGUAAAUGUCCAUUUAAAGUCAACCAAUUUUUUGCAGAUAGAGAGAGGAUUAUCUUACAUUAUACUGUACUUUCAGUUUGAGCAAGUUAAUUCUAAGUUUUCAACAUUUUAAUGUCUAAUAAAAUGUUUUAAUUAAUAUACUAAAAUUAUAAUUUAAGAUUUCUUAUAGUUACCAAUUUCAUGCAAGCACGUUUAAAAGAAAUAAUUUUCUCUCCUUUUUUUGUUUUUAGUAGAAUCCUGGAAGAGUUCUAGAAGUAGAAAGUACAGAUCAUUUUAAUAAGAUUUAAUUGUACAUCAGACAGAUCUACUUUAGAAUCCGUGUGAAACAUAAAAACAAGCAAAUAUAUUAAAUCACUUUAAUUAUUCAUCUAGUAAUAUUUAACUACUAUUACAGGAUUUUGCAUGUAGAAAAGCAUUUGAAUCCUUUUGAAUGAAAUGUCAUUUAAUAAAAAUUAAAACCUUUACUAUUUAUUAUAAGAAUCUUGAAAACAUUACACUAGAUAAUUAAAGCCUAAUAUUAAUUGCUUUAAUCUCAUAUGUAUCAGAAUCAAAUCACUGGAAGAACUUGAUUUUAAUUGUGUUGAAAAAAAAAUGAUUUGAUUGUAAUUCCUAAAAUAUUUUCUCCCUUUUAAAAUACUAAUUGGGGGGGGGAGCAUUAUCACUGUAAGACAUAGGAAGAAGGCACAGAAAUUAAAUAGUAUUGACACUUGUUACAUAUACAUAUACUAUUUCUUUAAUUCCUUAGCAGUCAGUCAUAUAAAGGUUAUAGUUAAUAGUCCUGCUUUACAGAUGUGGAAAGUAAAGCCUAAAGUACGCAUGAGUACAGAGUAGGCUGUAAGCUAGGUUUGCCUCUCUCUUUAUUUAUACCACACUGCCUAUACACUGUAGCACAGGAUGUGUAAUGUGCUAACAUUUUGUGAUGUGUGCGCUUAACCAGGUGCGCCACCGCCUGGCCCCUGCACUAACAUUUUGUGAGAAGUUUAGUCAUUAUACUCCAGCACAAUUGUGGCUUGUAUAUAAUGCAAGCCAAAUAUCUUUAAUUACUUGAAAAGUUAGGUAAACAUAAAAAGACAUGCAGAUGGCUAUUCCUAAAGAUAGAAUUAUAAAUUUAAGACAAAAUUAAAUCCCACAUCUGCCACAAAUAAAUCUUAAAACCAUUUAACUUCUCUUCACUUUCAACAUUCUUAUAUUUAGAACUAAAGGAAAAAAUAAAUUUUACAGUAAAAGUGAAGUGACCUGUGGGAAUGGGAACAUUUUCCAUAUUACAUUUGGAAGAAUUCUUGAAUUAGUCCUUUCAGUUUCAUCAAUCCCUUGAUUACAUCUUGAAAGUGUCUGCUUUUAGUUAACAUUAGGAAAUUUGCUACUUGAGAGAAUUAAUUGAGGAGGAUAUAAGAAAAAGCAUUUGGUAAAACUUCCUCCCAUCUACCCACUGUUUCAGAAAAUGUACAAUGUUUCUGAUUGUGGAACUAAGUAAAGCUAAGACACACAAAUUCAGUGGAAGUUACCACAAAUUUGGGAAGCAUUUUAAUUUAAAAUAUUUUCAAUUUUGACUUUUUUUUUUCCUAGAGCACUGCUCAGCUCUAGUUUGUAGGUGGGUACUGGGGGUUGAACCUGGGAUCUCAGAGCCUCGGGCAUGAAGGUCUUUUUGUAUAUCUGUUAUGCUACCCCUCCACUCCUAAAUUUUAAUUCUAAAGUCAUAUCAAUAUACCUGGUAGAUUGAGGUAAUUACUGCAGUUUUCUUUCUCUAUAAAUACAACUUUUGAAAGUAAUAGAUAAGUAUUUCAGAAAGUUUUGUUUUUUCAUACUUAUGGAAGUGAAUAUGUUAUUGAAGUAGUUAGCUCCUAGAAUUUAAGAUUAGGUUAUAUUUCUUUUUCUUUCUUUUUAAACCAGAGCACUGCUCAGCUCUGGGUAAUGGCGGUGAAGGGGAUUGAACCUGAGACCUCAAGAGCCUCAGCCAUGAGUCUCUGUGCAUAAUAUAAUCAUUAUGCUAUCUACCCCGCCAUGUGUUUCUAUACUGCCUUUUAUAAAUUUAUGUUGAACUUACUACCAGUUAUAUGAUGAUCACUAUGUCAUUAGUUUUUUUUUUAAUUCGUUUUCUUCCAAGCUAACUCCUUGAACUUAAAAUCUGUACACACAUACUAGUUGGUUAUCUAGAGGGAUUAUCCUAGAGAUUAUGUAUCACUCUCACAACCCAAGAGACUCUUUUAGACUGUUCUAAGCAUUCAUACCUUUGUCAUUUUGCUCUUCAGCAGAUAAAAGUGCAUUUAAACUUCCAUCUUUGGAGCUAUGCAACCUUAACCAAAACUACUUUAGGCGAUUCACUUUUAAAUAUAACCCUUUAUUAAAUAAACAUGGCAAACCAGCAUCUGAGCUUGUUAACGAUAUAUUAUCAAAAGAAUGUUGUUGUUGUUUUUUCCUACAGGUUCUCAUAUUAAACUAACAUACGAGAGAGAGAGAGGGAGAGGGAGAGGGAGAGGGAAUCCUAGAAUGUCCAAGUGCACCUGUUCAUCACUUUCCUUCAGUCAACUCUUAGUUUAUGCCUGAUUUAGUCUAUCCCUUGAUUGUCUGAAUUGCAAUUUUCUGUAUUAGCAACACUUUCCUCAUGGCUAUUCUGCAUCCCUCACUCAUUUUCCUCUUAGCCAAUAGUAAAAAGAAAGAGUAGUUGGUCUCCCUUCUCCAUCAUUGUUAUUCAUUAGUGGGUUUUAAACUUCUCAAUUAUCAUCUAAGUCUCACUUCUUCAGACAAAAUUACUUUAGUUCCUUUAGCAUUUUCUCCUCAGCCCUACUAUAUUGACUCUAUUUAAGGACAUCUAGAAUUAUGUUUAUAUUCACAUUCAUUACAUCAGUUAAGUAUUAGUUCUGUAGAACUGAAAUUUAAUGUUACCAUUUGACAAUGAAUCCAAUUAUCAGAUUUUCAACAAACCAGCUCAGUUUUGUAUUUUAUAAAAACAUUAAUAAAUUUUAGAGUUUGACAUUUUUAUAUUCUCAUUAAUUAUAACUGUAGGGUUGUUGGAAAAGUCAUAAUACAUUUUUGCGUAGAAAAAUACUUGAUGAGUUUGCCCAGUAGCCCAAUAAAAAAAAAAAACAUGCAUUUAGAGUCUUCUAUCAUACACAUUACAAUUUUAAGCUAUAUUGCAGCCAGAUUAGUUCUGAUUGAGCCACAAUGUGUUACGUAUUCCUUUUUAUAAAAUACUGAACAAUGCAGGACUUCCUUUCAGAAGCAAACAAUACAAUAUUCAGGAAUUACCUAUGACCAUAUUUGCAGACCACUUUUGAAAUGCUUAUUGCUUUGCAACAUAGACUGGGCUUUAACAACUUUCAUUUAAAUUUAAGUGACUGCCUCAAGUUGAGUGUGUAUGUAAAGGAAGGUUUAGAAUUUUAUCUUGUGACUUCAACAUUUGGAGGUAAAUACUUCAGAAUAAUUUAUGUAGUAAAAGUAUGCCCCAAAUCUACCAUAUCUAGAAAAUUCCAACUCCAUUAUAUUACUGUGAUACUCAGAAUGUUACUAUUAAAUUUUGUGACAUUCUUUUCUUUUUUUUUUUAAUUUAACUUGACAUUCAGAUUUUAGGAUCUGGUAGGUAGGUAAGAAAGAAUCUUUAGAAAAUAAACCAUAUUAUUACAGCAUCCAAUUUAUGAAUUAAUAUUUAAGCAAAUUACUGUACUUUAAACUACAACAUUGUUUUUUAAAAAUAUUUUAAAUGGGUAUUCUCUCUUAUUAGUAUGUAUUGCAAAAGCAUCUUCAUGUUUUAGACUCAUUCUAUAGACAUGAUGUUACUUAAAAACUCAGGGCCCCUUUCAUUCCUUUGCAUGUUGACAAACUUCAAUUGGUAGUGAAGAAGCAAUUAGAUGAAGUUAAAUGUUUAAAAUGUUACUUGUACACACGGUUCAUUUAAUGAUUCAUCUUAUGAUUAGACUUACGAAGCCAUAAUAUCAGGUUUCAUUAAUUACAUAAUCUUGCCCAGCUCUAUAAUUACUGAAUAGAGGGAGAUUACUCAACUAAUUGGCUACAAGUCACAGCAUAUUUAGGCUUUAACAUUAAAGUGCCAUCUUCAAACCAUUUCUGUUCUUCACUUACAGGUUGUAUAUGGGACAAACAAAACAUUUCAUUUUGUUUUUUAAUGGAAUUUUUUUUUUUUUUACUAAAAUAGGUCCUCUGAAAUAAAAGUUUCUCAAGAAGUAAUUUAAAACUGUCUUCUAAAAGUGAAUGAGUUAACAUUAGUAAGAGCUAAGAUGGUUUUGAGAAGGUACCCUAUAGUAACCUAUUUCUCAUAUUAUGAGAUCUAAAUAGAAAUUUUCUUUUGAGCAGACAAGUUCAAGCUCCAAAUUGGAAUGCUGUAUACUUAAAAUUCUAGCAGUAAAAUUAUUUACAAGUAGUUUCUUGUCUCAGGCUCUCCACCUUAUUAGCAAUCCUCUUAAGUAAUAUAUGGAAAUAUUUUUAAAGAAGGUUAACAUUUAAGAAAACUAAAUUGCUAACAGGUGCAAUUCAAAGAUAGGCCUUGGUUUAAUAUUGAAUUGCUUGACUUCUGUGGCUCUUCUUUCUUUCUUUCUUUCUUUCUUUCUUUCUUUCUUUCUUUCUUUCUUUCUUUUUCUGGUCGCAUUUAUUUAUUUAAGUGGUUUUUGUACGCAAUGUUGUUAUGUUUCCAUGGGAAUUAUGUUGUGUAAGUGUUUGUAUAAGCUGGAAUCAUCCUUAAUUUUCUGUUGAUAAUUUUUCAAAUUAAGAUAAAUGGAUAAUUGUAAAAUACACUAACUCUUAAGGUGUUCUAGUAACUGAAACAUGGAGAAAUGUGAGUUACAGAGUAUUCAUUUCUGAGGAUGCCUUUCUGGAAUAAGAAAAGCUAAAACUGUUGGUAAUUCCUCAGAACCCUCUUUCUUAUUAACGGGUAUCUUUUGUUGGUGUGUUUUGCUCCUACAUUACAGAUAGAUAUCAUAUAUGAAUAUGAAUAAUUACUUUCAGUUAUUUUGCUUUUGUAUAAGCUGUCUGAGACCUUGCUAUGCUGUAUAAGUUGUGUUUGAUGGAUCAGUGUGAGUAUGAAAUAAAAUAAAUCACUUUUCUUUUGUAUUAUCUAUGGAUGCCACUAUGAAAGCUGACAAUAAGCCACUAAAGAGUUUUCUAUGAAUAAUUGUAAGUAAAUGCUUUGAUAUAUAUAAACCUAAAUAAAAGAUUGUAUCGCUACAGAGACAUUGGAGAAGGGGGAUUUUAAGACGGUUAUUUAGGUUUAAAAAAAAAAAGGCUUGCUGUAAAAUGGUGCAUUAUUACAUUUAUUAAAGAUCGUAUUAAUGACAA